AUGCUUGUUAUUUUUUUAGACAUGGCACCUAAUAAACUGGAACCAUAUGCAGCGAAAAUUAGUUCAAACAUUUUCAAACUGACCAAUUCUUCACCAAUUCCAUUUGAAAUUACAUCGAUUUUCGGUUCAUUCAAUCAAGUAGCAUUACUUCGUUUCUUCGAACAACAUCAAACAUUAGGAGUUGAUAUCGCUCCAUUCGUAUUUGGGAUGCUCGGACAUGCCGCUAUGAUGCUUGAUGGAGUGGAAGUUUUCAAUCCUGAUGGCACCGGUAGUAUUUCGUCGAUGAAUUUAUUUAUUCAUUUGAUUGGUGAACCAGGCACAAAUAAAUCUGGAUUAUUUCGAGUGUUCAACAAUAGCAUCAAUGCAUUGGAGAAAAUAUUUCCUUCAUUUUUCUCGAAACCUAUUGCCGAACUUAUCAACGGCAAAGAAGUACUAAGUACGGUUGAUUUAAUAGCAAACAACGAUACAGAACUAUCGUUAUUUCAAGGACUCUCCAAACGAGAGAAUGUAUUUAUUUCAAGCGACGAACUUGAUGUUAUUAAUACUCGAUUUGGAGUGUAUCAAGCUGGCUCGACGGACAAUGAUAUGAAAACAUUUGGCUCUAAACUUUUAUGUCAAGGUUACGAUAUCGUGAAGAAUGUUUCUCGUACAACUGGAUCUUCGUCAUACUUUGUGAAACGGGGCUCCAUCAACAUCUUUGGAGCAUCGACAGGAAGCAUGUUAUCAUCUGUAUGUCGACAGUACAACAGUAAUGUUCAGUCCGACGGUACCAUCAGUCGGUAUUUAUUCAUCACAACAUCUGUGUACAAAGCUUCAAACGACCUACCAACUGAAAUUCUGUCUGUACAACCGAAUAUCGUACACAUUUUAAUCGUACUUCGCCUUUUGGCAGAACACAAGCCGAUAUUCGUAUUUGCUCAACAUCAAUCUCCAAUUAGUUCACCACAACCAAUCAUUAUUCCACCGGAUAUAGAAGAAGCAAGAAAAAAUGUGGUGAAUCCAAUUCCAACAACUGAACCCAUAUCGAAUAUAAAGCCGAGUGUGACUGUUGACAUCCAAGAAGCUGAUGUGGAACAAGAUGGAUCAGUAAUAUCUCCGUACAAUGCCAUUCGACGUAUUAUUGAAGCUGAACAUCAAAAAUCGUUGCAAUGUGAUACGAAGGGCAAUCCGAUUUAUACACCUUUACAACGGGCAUUUCAACGAAAGAGCAGCAAUAAAUUAGCCCGUUUAGCCGGAUUGUGUCAAGCGAUGUCGUAUACCAUUCAAUUAUGUUUUGAAUGUAUUAACAUAGUUCGAUUCGGUGAUGGCCUUUAUCUCAAAGAGUAUAUCGACGACGAACAAACUAGCUGGCUAAUGAAAUUUCAUGAUACAGUCAAAGUACUGAUCGAACGAGACGUUGCAAUGGCUCCGAAAUUUGGAAGUGAUCAGCGUCCAUUAUUUGUCAUUGAAAAACCAGCCGUACAUGCUUCGAAUUUGCUUUACCAAUAUACUUCAUCGACAAGUACAGCUCUUUUCGACGGAACAUCAAUGAAUAACAAUGUUACAACGAAAAGUGACAACAAUAUUUCGAUUACUAAUGAAUCAUCUACAGAUGCUUUUUAUGAACAUCAAUCCAUAUUAUUGGCAAUGACAUCGCCCAUUCUUGUCAAAGCCUGGUUCAGUAAUGAAAUAACUGGUCUUCCAUUCACCAAAACAUUUAGUAACUAUCGAAAAUCGAAAAACAAAACGGCAAAACUUAUUCGAGCUGUUAAUGACUUGAUUCAUCAUGAUAUUCUGCGAAAAGGCUUCCAGAAUACUCGACAUAUUGUUGGUGCACGAAAAGAAACGUAUUUAAAAGCAUCACCAGCAACUAUUCGUGGCAAUGUCGACAUGCUGACUUACCUUCAAUCGAUUGGUGUCGAUAUCGAUACUUAUGAACAUGUUUAUCUUUCGUCGCCGUUACCAAUGAAUAUGGAAUUAACUACAUUUACUGUGAAUUCAAUUCUGUUCAAUGAUGAUUAUGUUGAAUAUUGCCAUUUAUUCAACGAUGCUCGUAUACAAAAAGAAAUGGAAGAACGACUGUCAAAACAAGUGGUGCAAUACAGGAUGUCAUUGGGUCGAAGACAAUACUACGUACCAUCGAUGUCUCAAACUGUUGAACAUGAUAAUUUCAAUGUUGAAAAUAGUCAACCGUACGAUGCUGAUCAAACACCAACUAAUAAUAAUGGUGAUGACGUAUUGGCAACUUUAAUUUUCGAAUCAGAUCGACGAAUUAAUAAUUCAUCGCCAAUCACGACAUCAGCUCGUUCUGAAAACUCUUCUGUUUUAUCGGAAAUUUUGAACACGAAUAUUACUACUGCACCACAAUACAACAGCUUUGUCGAGCGAACAACAGGAUGCGAUGCUCGCCUUCAGUACGAAUUUUUACCAUCAGUUGAUGAUAUUAUGAGCCGAUUAACAAACAUGCUCGAUUACGAGCCAUUAGAUGUCGAACAGCCAAAUCCAAUACCAAUGACAACGAACAAGAUUGAUGACGACCGAGUGUCUUAUCAAAAUAAAUCAAAAGCAAGUACUGAUGAGCAGAACCAAUAUCGACCGGUAUUAUCCAAUAUCGAACUAUUACCUGGCAGUGUCAUCAACAACAAUGAUACUCUUUUACCUGCUGAACCGACAGCAAACGAUACGACCAUAUUGUUGAACAAUAUGAGUUCUCAACAAACAUUGGAAUUACUCUCGACUUUGCUUCAGAAUAAGAAACACUUGUUAAAGAGAAUAUUGGAUGAAGAAAACAAUGAUGCUUCCCCGAAGCGAUCGAGAAAUAAUGAAAGUGAAGAAGUCACGGCACCGUUCAUUGAUAUGAAUUUAAGUGGUACACUUUCAUCGGCAUCUGCUCCGACAGAAUCAAACACUACCGAUAGCGAUAAUCAAGUUGACGAUGAAGAUCUUCAAGAAGCCUAUCAGAAGAUAAUUCUAAGUGAUACCAUUGUUAUGUCACGAUCGGACGUUUGCAGCAAACUGAAACACAUAAGAAACAUUAACAAGUCACGUGAGCAUAUACUUACCAACUUAGUUACAGAUGGAUUAUUAGUCAAAGCCAAUUGGUUUGCCAGCAAGAAGGCAGAUGGCACUGUCGAGCUUUUGCCGGGCUUUUUGAAGACACUCCCAAGAAAGAAUCCACAAGAUCAACUUGAUUUUGCUCGCACGUUGGCAAAAUAUAAGAUGCAUUAUAAUGAUUAUGAAGAAUCAUUCAAGAAGAACAAGACCGAUGUUUUUCCUCGUAUGCUUACUGCUGCCGAUGUCAAACACAAAACAUGGUUGUUUUCAAGUGUGUUGGUCGAUUUUAUCGGGAAGAAUGAUUUUCUUAACGAGCGUGUAACACUUGAUCCAUCGGCAGUCAUGCAAGAGAAUAACACUCCGCCUAUAAGAGGCAAACGUGAUCGGAAACCAAAACAGCGUUAUUCGCCAUAG